UUUAGGAUCACUUGGUUCAGUGAAUUUACGCAUCGCUUAUUAGCCGUCCAAAUUUAAUUUUAAUUUGAAAACGUAAUUAUUCGAAAGAAGAGAUGGCAUUUUCACGCAAUUUGGGCGUGGUGCUAGCCUUAGCAGCAAUUUGUACACUCGUUUUUGCAGAGAAAGAUUUCAACAAUGCAAAUCUGGUAACAUUCCUGAACAACUCGGCCCGCUAUUUUCGCGAUGAAUUGAUCGACACGCCGAUCGAAUUUGAUGAAGCCACAGAAGUGACGAUUAAUAAUGCGGAUUACAUUUUGAGUGGAACGAUUUCGCAAGUCCGCUACCCGGGUAUUUCUGCAAUGCGGGCAAAUUAUAUUGAUGGAGAUUUGACAUAUAACAAAAUUCAUUUGGAGGCCGAGUUCCCAUCGGGAAUUUACUUUGGAAAUUUUGAUUUGAGAGGACACGCUCUCAGGAACCAGUCCAGUUUUGGUGGAUCUGGAAACUUUUCCAUAUCUCCAUCGUUCUCUCCAAAUAUGUGGUUCUCUCACAGCGUCAGGUUCGACGUGGUGGACAACUUCAUCAAAGUACGAGAUCCAUACGCCUACUUGUCUGAUACGAGUUUGAUCACGGCGAAUUUUUCGGGAUUAUUUAACGGGACUGAAAACAUUAGUGAGGCCCUCAAAGCAAAAAUUAUUACGGAUCUUGGAAACUCGUUGAGGGAUUCGUUCCGUCGUCAAGUCGAAUUGUUUUUAAGAGCGAAACUGACAGCGCAUUUUCAAACUGAUUUUGACCAAGUCUCUCUUCCCGACAUUCUAGCAGGAGUGACCCUCCCACCAAGAACGACAACCGUGGGAUGUGUGUACUCCUUAAGUGACGCUUUAUCCCAGUGGGGACAUGAGUUGGUGUUGCGAGAAGGAAACGAGACAGUGAUCUCGUCCAACGUCGUUGGUGUGGAAUAUGGACAAGUAAUAAUGGAGAUCGUCACAAAGAAGACAGUCGUAAUUUCCACGGUGUAAAGUUUUGUCUGUGAAAUAAAAUGUUUGGAUUUUAAUAAGUAUGUACAUAAUUCGUGUAUUAGCAGAAAUAUAUACACAAACAUUUCUUAACAUAUUGUA